AUGUCCGACGAAGGGCUACGGCCACCAGAGCGGAAGCUGGACGAGUUCGAGGAGCUCGUCUACGAGUAUGCACUCCGCAUGGGAUUGGGCAACGAAGAGCACUGGGAUGUCAACGCCCGCGACUGCAACCUCCGCUUCGAGGCCGCAACCCGAGGGCCCCCGGCCAAAGUCUCCUUCCUGCUGAACAUCACCCCCGCACUCAGUAACUUCAUGGGCAACCUCCACGGUGGCUGCGCAGCGACGCUAAUCGAUGUCCUAUCAACCACCAUUCUGCUGGGUAUCUCCGAGCCAGGCAAGUUCUCGCUCGGCGGCGUAAGUCGCAACCUCAGGUUGACGUAUCUGCGCCCUGUGCCGACGGGUACGGAGGCGCGGGUGGUAUGCGAACUCAUCCAUGUGGGUAAACGGCUCGCACUGCUGCGAGCAGAGAUCCAGAAGGCAGAUACUGGGGACGUGUGUGUGGUUGGCGAGCAUGAGAAGGCGAACACCGACCCCGAAGUGAACCAGAGAAUCUAG